ACUCUUUUAUAAAAUGCCGCCUUGAACUCUGUACAUAAUAAUAAACCAAACAGAAAUAAUAACGUUAUCUUUUAUAUUGUGUUAGUUCGAUGCAGGAACUACUGUGAAAAUGUGUUUCAAAUGAAAAAAGUGAGGUAAGUAGUUCAUUUGAUUUUUAAACUGAUGAAAUAUUAUCUGAAUUUAACAGAUGUGGUUUAUAGUCUGCUUCCUGUUCAGGCAAGACAACCAAGGUUAAGUCACAGAUGCAUUAAGAUGCACAUUUUCACAGGUUUGACUCCCCAUAUAACAUUUAGAGGCAGGUCAGCUUUCAAACAAUGUUUGCUGUACAUAUUUCUUUCAUAGUUGCAUUGUGUUUUGUUCUGGACUUGGCAUAUGCUUAGGCUUUUUUUGUGGGCAUGGAGGAGUAUGGGGAAGGGUAGUUGUGCAUAGGGUCUUUCCAAAAACGAUGUUUGUGGUGGUAUCAAGCUGGGGUGUCAUAUUGUAUCUUCAAAUGCACCACCCACAUAAAAAAGUCAACUCUGCUGCUGGUGACCAAGUCCUGGAAAGUUUAGCUCCGACCCUAAUCAAACAUACCUGCUAAAUCAGGGUCUUGUGUUGAACAAGCUGGAAGUGAACUUUGCAGGGCAGUGGGCUUUCAGGAGCAGGGGUAAAGACCUCAAAUUUACAGUAUCACUGCUUUUUUAUUUUUUGAGGGCAGAGCAGAAGGAUUUCUGGAUGGUUUUGGUGUCAGAUCACCGGGAGUUAAACAUCCGUUAUCUUUCAUUCUCUUCUGUGCAGGGUUGACCUCUAAUUGUGAAUCUUAUGGCAAUACAGAUGACCCUCGUGUUUUAUAAAGAAAAGAAAACCAAGAGAAGUUUAAUGCACAACAUGUCCAGGUUAUAUUUAACCCAAUAUAUCUAAAGAAAAAGCAUUAAGGAAAUUUAGUCUUUUUGAAGGAGCCUUGGAAUUGUGGCAUUAUUGUUGCAACAGUUGAGUGAAUUCAAUGUAUUGAACCUGUAUUCAAAUGUAUUGAGAUUACAUUUCAUGACACAAGAGCACAUUAGACAAAGAGUCAAUUGGAGGAAAGUUUCUUUAACACUUACUUGCAUGCCCUUAUUUCCACCCUCUUGAGUUUCCUGAGGUGUGUCGCAUGUUUUCUUGCACUUCAGCAUGUUGGCUUUAAGUGGAGCUGGUGUCUUUUUGGUUGUAGCCUCAAUUUCCCCUUGGCUCUUCAGGUACAAUGUGUGCUGUCUAAUAAAAGAUCUGCCCUUGUUAGCACAGACUUUAACCUUUCCUUUCAUUGAUACUGUUCAGGGCCGGAAAACGCAUUUCUGUAGGCUAAUUCACCAUUUGAACCAGAAUAUCAUCAGGCUACUUUAUCUCUGCUGUAACCUAAUUCAGUAAACUCUACUAAACCUUGGAUAGUAUUUGUGAAAAAUACAGUUUAAAUAAAUACCCAAUUUUGUUGGAAUAUCUCCAGAUAAAAGUGUAUAAGAGAGAUUUCAUUUAUUCCUUAAUUAGGUGUGGAGUUUUGUUCAUAUAAUUUCAAUUAAAAUAACAAUAAUCAUUUUAUUUUUCGUGUAAAAUGACUGUAUUCGGGUCAAUUGACUAGCCUACAGCACCUGGAAAACAUUAUUAAUAAAAUGCAAACAGAAGAGGUCAGGAAUUUUUGUGAUUUGUAGGCUAUAUUUGUACUGAUAAACAACUAUUUUUUUUUUUUUAAAGAACAAAUGUUAUAGGAAAAACAAUAGCGAGGAUAUAGGCUAAGACUAAUUUAACAACUAAAAAAAGAAAAAUAUAUAUUAAUUAAAAUAGCAAACUAUUUAAGCACUGCCGUGCUGUAGCUUCAUGUACUUUAUGCAUCUGUUUGAAGGAGCGCGAGAGGGGUGUUUAUUAGAGUUAGAAAGGCUCGAGGCUGGCGGGGCUGUUUAUCAAUGGUGGGCUAUCAGUGAACAUGAAUGGGGAGUUGGAGAUGAAUGGAGCUAGCUGCUGUGAAUCCUGUCAUGGCGUAUAGAGCUGUAUGUAUGGGAGCUGUCCAAGGUACUGAGGCGUGAUCCAUCGCUGAUCUACACUAGAACAGAUCAACCGAGUGCACUUACCACUAUUGAUAUUUUGCUUUGUGUAAACAUCUCUCUCACUAACAUUAACAGUCACUCUUUUUUUCCAGUUUUGACAGUGGUGGCUGUUUAUGUACAUUUCCAUUUAUAGAAGCAGAUCGCUCUGAAUGUCCUGAAAGCCACAGAACUGGACCGAUGCGACUCCCACUCGGGGACACAGUGUCCAUCCACGAGUGUGUGAGAACUGCUGUAGACAGGUAGAGAGAGAGAGAGAAAGGGAGGGACUGAGAGAGAGACAGAGCGAGAGAGAGAGAGAGAGAGAGAGGAAGCGAGGGAGGGAGGAUGAUGAUGAUGCUGGCGGUGGAAAAUGGCUGCUGCAUCCUCUAGCCCAUCCGAAACCCUAUGAAGGUGGACAGAGAAAGACAAGAAAAAGAGAGCAGCAAGCGCAAGGAGUGAGUGAAUGAGAGAUGGUGUGCGUGCGUAUGUGAGCGAGAGUGUGAGGACGCGCGCGCGCGCGCGUGUGUGAGUGUGAAAACGCGCGCGCGCGCGAGUGUGUGUGUGUUCGGUAAGAAGGGGAAUAAAAAAAGACGAGAGACCGGGGGGCAGCCAGCUCGAAGCGGCGGGCAACACCGAGCCAUGGAGGGCGAUGUGCGUGUCCGAGCCGUGGUGAUGACACGUGAUGAUUCUAGCGGUGGCUGGGUGCCCCUUGGAGGCGGCGGCCUCAGUCACGUGGUCAUAUGCAAGGGGCGGAGCUCUCAAGGUCGUGGGCGGAGAGAGUACGUCAUACGUGGAGAACGGCUACGCGAUCGAGCACCUGUGCUGGAAUGCGCCAUUCAAAAGGGUCUGGUCUACAAUAAGGUGAACCCCAUCUUCCAUCACUGGCGUGUGGAGGAGAGGAAGUUUGGUCUGACCUUCCAGAGCCCAGCUGACGCCAUCUCCUUCGAGAAGGGGCUUCAAAGUGUCCUUGAGAAGCUGGACAGAGGAUCUGACUCGCCAUCCUCCUCGACACCUGAAGAGGGCGACACAGAGGAUGACGGUCAAGCAUCUCAUACAGGGAGUGAGUCGUCAUCCAACAGCAGAAAAGAGAUGCUGCCCAAACCCAUUACCAUUGUGACCAGUGAGUCGUCCUCCACCUGUUUUGUGCGCUCCACAGAGGAGUUUGCGUAUGGGACAGGGCACGCAUGCACGACGCAGACCCCAGCUCAGAUCCACACCCGACCUGCCCAGGACCAGCUCACCCAAGUAACCGCCGUUUUGAACCCUCCGGCGCCCCCUCCGCCUCCUCCAGCCCCCCCGACCCCCCCCAUAUUGCCCCCUACCUCGUCCCCCCUCUCUCCGCUCUCGCCCACCAUCUCCCUGCUGGAGGAAGGGGAUCUCCGUAGCCUGGACCCGUGCAAGGACCUGUGGGGUACACGCGGCUACGAGGACUACCGCCGCGCCGGUGCUACACGGACCAAGGUGGGUGGGCUGACGGGGGGCGUGGUGGUGGGCGGCGGCCAGGACAAGACAGAGCUCUGCGUGGUGCGCUUCGAGAAGGAACUGGCCGGCGUGGGCACCACGGGCUGCGAGGUCACCGUCAUGCUGGACACCAAAGGCUCUCAGCGCAACUCUUCGCCCACCUGCAUGCCCAACGCCGUGCCGGGAGUGCCGUCGGCCAGCGGCUCCCCGGAGGAGACGGGCAAAAGCUCGCCCUCACCCUGCUGCAUUCACACCUCGCUCGCCACGCCCCGCUCUCGGACUCGCAAGCGAGGGGCCGGCGGAGGGGAAGCCAUCUCGCCCGACGACGACAGCUCCUGUCCUCAGGGCUCCUCCUCUUGCUCGUCACGCUGCGUGUACUGCCGCUCCGUCUUCAGCGCCUCUGAGAACGGACGGGGGCGCUGCCGGGACGCUCCCGAUCCGGCGCUACACUGCUUGCGCCAGUGGACAUGUGUGUGGUGUGCGGAGAGCCUGCUCUACCACUGCAUGUCGGACUCCGAGGGCGAGUUCUGGGAGCCGUGCUCGUGCGAGGACUCGAUGGGAGGCCGGCCGCACACGCUGUGCUGCGCCCGUUGGAUGGUGCUUUUGACACUGUCUCUUUUUGUGCCCUGCAUGUGCUGCUACCUGCCCCUGCGCGCAUGCCUGCGCUGUGGGGAGAGAUGCGGCUGCUGCGGAGGAAAGCACAAGGCCGUGCGAUGAGGCCUGACUGGGGGGAGGGCGUGUGGAGGGGGCUUAUUGUGACGGGACGGGAGCACAAAGACGUUGCCGUCGUUCGAGGAACAGCUGUAGAGCCAGAUCUCCUACAUAAACCUUCCCGAUAAUAUCCCCUUGCCCCCUCUGAGGCCGUCUGCUGCAUUCCGCUCUUUCUAUUCUCUGCUCGGACCCUUCACGCUCAUACCGGUGGAGGGUGCAUGGGUUCGGGGAGAUCGCUCUCUGAUUUGCUGGUCGUUGGGUUCAGGGGUCAUCUCCGGGAGGUGGGGAGUGAAUGGGGAUCAGUGACGUGUAAACAAUUGUUAGUUUUUUUUUCUGGGUUUUAUUUCUUAAUUUAGGGAGAAAAUAUGAGAUGAAAAAUGUUUAUAGCUAUGGUUAUAAGACCUUUUUUUGAGUAUCUAAUUUUACUUGAUCUAUUUUUUGCAAUUGAGUUAAUGAAUACACUCCCCUUGUACCUCUACGUUACUGAGUUUUACCUCAAAGUCCAGAGGAGAGGAAGGCAGAUAGGCUUAUUUCGGGGUGCUGUGGUGAGGUUUUGUAUAUGGUCUUUGCGGUAGGUUUUUCAUGCACGUUCGGGCAGAACAUAUCUGUGAAGGAGAACAUGUUGAUGUCGUAUCACUUUUAGUUGUUUGAGGACAGGGAACGUGAACAGUCGGAUCGAGGGCAGCAGUUUCACCAAAUUCACCACUUUCACCACAUACAUGUUCAUUAUUCUGUCAAGAGAGUAUAGUUGUAUUGAACUUGCCAGCAACCAAGAAGGUUGCCUAUAUUUGAAGUACAGACCAAAAAUGUGGAGAGAUAAUCUAGACGUAAAUCUGCCGAACAUUUGCACAGCAAAUGUGAACCGAGGCCUUGAAAUGUAGUUGUACACACCACCAAAAAUAAAUUAACUUUGUUACUUAUUAGUAAGAAGUAAAGAAUAACAGAGCAAAGGCUUGUUUUGUGUGACAACAUUUUAACUUUAUCUGUCCGUAUAGCAACAAGAGAAGUACUCAGUCAUUAACUAUCAUGAGUUACAACGCGUGUGCUUUUGCGUUCCUAAACAGAGCAACGAAGUGACAUGCCAUUUUGUCUGGUUAGCCCCGCCCACAGUGAAAUCUCAUUGGUCCAAAAAACAUCAGCUACAAUUCUGAUUGGCUGUGACUGUGUUACAGUACAUAAUUUAGUUUUCACUGUGGACAGGCAAAUGACCUGAUGCUGAAAACUUCAUCGUCUGGCUAGAGGACGCUAAAGAAUUUAGACCAAUCAGUUCAAACACUGCCUGGCAUAACGGUUUGGACCACAAAGUGUUAAGAAACAUUGCUUUAAAUAUCUCAAAGCUGCUAUUUCAACUCCCCUAAACUUGUCUUACCUCGCUGCUAGUAAUGAGGAGUUAGGGAAUCAGACACAGCCCUGUAGUCAAUGUUUGAGUUAGGAAGACGACGCCUCUAAAUUAUGAUAUCUAUGAUGGGGAAGAACUAACGUCCAAGAGGUUUCUCCGUCAAUGUUGUAUUAACUACUCAUUAGAGGCACUUUAAAAGAAAAGGGUUUUACAGCAAGACCAUGAGAUCUACACACAUGUGCAUUGUAUUUCAUUGUCCAUCUGGACUCAUUUCAGUCCAUUUUCAAAGACGUGAAACAUUCUCUCACUCACACACACACACACACUCACUCUUUAUGGGCAGAAUAUUAGACAUGAGUAGAGAAACACAAAAAGACCCAAAAAUAGCACUGGAAAAAAGGAGAACUUUGCGAGAUGAGACCACCCUUGAGGGCCCUAGUCAUACAUCCUAUUAAUAAAUGUGCCUUUUGAUUUAUUUAACCAAUAACCUAUAAUUUCUAAGUAACGACGUACCUAAAUACUCUUUUUUUUUUUUUUUCAGGUUGUUUAUUUCUGCCAAUGUGCAUAUUUGAAUAUGUAUGUGUCUAUUAGUUUGAUAAGUAAUCAAUGGAAAAUAUUACCUGUUUAUAUAUUUAUUGAGAUAUUUAUUCUAAUUCUUUAUUUAUUUUUGGAGACGGGUUUUUAUUUUCUGUGCUGUCUUACUUCUCUGACUUUGUGCCAAUUUGCUGCUUUGAGGUGUUACAUAUCGUGGGUUUGUAUCAUUAAUUAAACCCUAACUCUAUAUUUUAAUGAAAAGUUUGCACUCUGAA